GCGCCAAAGCGUUUGUGUAACAACUGUUCGUAUCCGGUGGGGAACACGGCAGAGGUAGCGAAAGAGGACGAACCAGACUAGCAAGGUGUUAAUCAUGUCUGUGGACUGGGUGGGAUAUGGAUAUGCAGCCCUGGUGGCAUCAGGAGGAAUCAUCGGCUAUGUGAAAGCAGGCAGUGUUCCUUCCCUGGCUGCUGGGCUUCUAUUUGGUGGGCUUGCAGGUGUUGGCGCAUAUCAAACAUCCAAUGACCCCAGUAAUAUUUGGCUGUCUCUAGCUACAUCAGGUGUACUGACAGGUGUGAUGGGAAAAAGGUUCUAUGGCUCCAGAAAGUUUAUGCCUGCUGGUCUAAUGGCAGGUGCAAGUCUUCUGAUGGUGGGGAAACUCAGCAUGGCAUUGCUAAACAAACCUCAGCAGUCUUGAUGAAAAGAGCAUCCUAACACAUCUCUCAAGUGCAGUCAGAAAAAUAAACACAAAUAUCCUCCCCUGAAAAAAGACCUAACAAUUGCAUACUGGUAGAGAAAAAUAUUAAUUCAAGCAAAUUUUAUAUUUGUUGGGAAUUUUAAUUCUGUUGUAUCUAAUUAAAUAUUUUGAACAAAAAACAAUGAAAUAAAGCAUCAAAGUCCA